AUGAUCUUUUCGUCGCAAAUACUUCUCCACGGCUUAGUGGCUCUCUCUUUCAUCACCUCAAGUGUGGGCCACCCGGACACUCCCAUAUCUACCUUGUUUCAGUUUGGUCAAGGUUCAUGGCUCGAGAAUUUGGCGAUUGGGCCCUCCAACAGCAUCCUCGCUACCAGACUUGAUAUUCCUGCUCUUUACCAGAUCACCUUGCCCCCAGCUGUACAGAAACCAUCGGCGAAACUCAUUCAGAUGUUUCCCGGAGCGACAGGCGCUCUAGGAAUCACGGAAUACAAGAAAAAUCAAUUUCUGGUUAUUCUUGGUAAUUACAGCAUACCGGAGGCAAAAGACUUCCCGGGGACCUAUUCAGUCUGGGAUGUGAGCUUCUCCGGUCACGAUCUUGGCCACGUCUCAGCAAAAAAGGUCACAGAUAUCCCCGAAGCAAUCUUCCCAAACGGGAUGACGACCUUGAAUCCUCUCACGGGAACUGUCCUUAUCGCAGACAGCUGGGCGGGGCUCGUGUACCGACUCUGCCCAGAGACUGGUGAACGCGAAGUUGUCCAUGACGAUGUCACUAUGAAGCCACCAGCCGGAACCUCCUUGGGUGUGAACGGUAUUCACGUCAUAACUAUUUGCGAAGAGACAUUCCUGUACUAUACCAACAGUCUGAAGGAAACCCUCGGCAGAGUCAGGAUUGACCCCAUCAGUGGGCGGGCUAUUGGUCCAUAUAAUACUUUGACAACAGGUGUCUGGGGCGACGACUUUGCUUAUGAUACAAAGACAGGAGAUAUUUACAUUGCCGGGAACUUCGCAAAUGUUAUUACGAGGGUCAAUCAGGAUGGUGUCAAAGAGGAAGUCAUCGGUUCUCCAUCCCAGCUCACCGUGGCUGGGACGACAAGUGCGGUGUUUGGAGGAAAAGGCAAGAGGACUCUAUAUGCAGUAACAUCAGGGGCCCUGGCGUCACCUGUCAAUGGCACCGUUACGGAAGGUGCAAAGCUGGUUGCAAUUGAAGUCGACGAAAUUUAG